AUGUUGGUGGACAAUAAAUCUGAUCUGACUCAUAUACCUCUCAACUUCAUCAGUGAUGAUCAAAAGGGAUAUCUUGAGAUAGCGAAUAAUAUUCUGUCCGAAGAAGCUGUCCUUGGUUAUGAGUUCGGCUUCUCCCUGGACCAUCCACGACGGUUAUGCGUAUGGGAAGCUCAGUUUGGAGAUUUCUUCAACGGUGCUCAGAUCAUUAUCGAUACCUUUUUGGCCAGUGCGGAAAGUAAGUUUCUGUUACAUGUUGGUAGUGCCGCUUAA